GAUAACAACGCCUUUUCUCGAUUAAACUAUAUAUAUUGCUCCUCUAACCUUUCUCAAAUACAACAACCACCAUCACUAACCAUUCUCACUUACAAACCUUUUUCAGUUCUUCAUUCUACAACACUGCAAUGGCCGCUUCCACCAUGGCUCUCUCUUCACCGUCAUUGGCUGGUCAAGCCAUCAAGCUCUCCCCUUCCACCCCGGAGCUCUCCGGUGGAAGGAUUUCCAUGAGGAAGACGGCCUCCAAGUCGGUUUCUUCCGGAAGCCCAUGGUACGGCCCAGACCGUGUCAAGUACUUGGGCCCAUUCUCCGGCGAGGCCCCUUCGUACCUGACGGGGGAAUUCCCAGGUGACUAUGGAUGGGACACCGCUGGACUUUCUGCUGACCCGGAGACUUUCGCCAAAAACCGUGAACUGGAAGUGAUCCAUUCUCGAUGGGCGAUGUUGGGGGCAUUGGGGUGUGUGUUCCCUGAACUGUUGGCCCGGAACGGUGUAAAGUUCGGGGAGGCGGUGUGGUUCAAGGCUGGAUCUCAGAUAUUCAGUGAGGGUGGGCUUGACUACUUGGGCAACCCAAGCUUGAUCCAUGCACAGAGCAUCCUUGCCAUCUGGGCCACACAGGUCAUCUUGAUGGGUGCAGUGGAGGGUUACCGCAUUGCCGGUGGGCCUUUGGGUGAGGUCACUGACCCAAUCUACCCGGGUGGGAGCUUCGACCCAUUGGGCCUUGCUGAAGACCCAGAGGCUUUUGCUGAGUUGAAGGUGAAAGAGUUGAAAAAUGGGAGAUUGGCCAUGUUCUCCAUGUUUGGUUUCUUCGUUCAAGCCAUUGUCACUGGCAAGGGUCCUUUGGAGAACCUCGCCGAUCACCUUGCCGACCCAGUGAACAACAACGCUUGGGCCUACGCCACCAACUUUGUCCCCGGAAAGUGAAAAAAAAAAUGACAUGAGAGCGAUAAUUUCAUUGUUAUUUGGUGAAAAACAUUGGAUACAUUUGAAACAAUGUGAAUUAUACAUCGUGUUCGUGUAGUUUUAUCAUAUUGUUUAUGCACUUUAUUGAUCACA